CUCUUUUCCUAUACCCAAAGGGCUUGUAACUUACCCAUGUUAGGUCUUGGGGAAAUCAGGAGGGGAGUGGGUGCCAACCAGACAUGGACUUGAUUUUACGCAGCUGUCAGGGCAGUCGCAAGCUAGCUUAGGAUGUGACAUUCACCGACUAUAACGAAACGUUGGCCCACUACAGCUCCAUUAACCUCAGCUAAUCAAGCGCCAUCUAGCCAAGCACCCGUGCUAUAUAUGAAGACUCUGUGGCGCAACUCGCUGUACCACAUAAUCUCAGUGCCUUUUUCUAAUCACCAAACACAGCUUCUUAGGCCCCAACUCACCCUCAACUAGCAGUGCGGAUGCUAGGCUACAAGAAUGUCGAACAAAGAAGGGUUAAGUGACGAUUCUGAGCGAUGCGCGCCUCCGGUGUAUCAACUUGAGGAUCCGAUGAUCUUGGUGCCUUCGUCGGGCGAUACAGGUGUCACCAACGAUGGACGCAUCGAUAUCGACCUCCACUCAAAUCUGACAAGGUCAAUUGUGAGAUGGGCAAGCAAAGCAGAGCGCGGCUCAAAGCAAUACCGCCCAAGUCGUAGACUUACUGUUCACCGGCCAUGGACUAUUCGACUGAACAUUGUCAUUCAAAUUGUUGGUAGUCGAGGAGACGUUCAGCCUUUUAUCGCACUUGGUCAAGAGCUCCAGAAAUAUGGACAUCGCGUUCGACUAGCAACCCAUAACGUCUUCGAGUCAUUUGUCCAAGAAUCGGGUCUAGAAUUCUAUGCUAUUGGAGGGGAUCCAAAAGAACUCAUGGCCUACAUGGUGAAGAAUCCUGGACUCAUUCCAAACAUGAAGAGUCUACGCCAAGGCGAUAUCCAGCGAAAGCGUUCCAUAAUCGCAGAAAUGCUCCGCGGUUUCUGGGCUGCCUGCAUUGAGGAUCAUUUUGUAGCUGAUGCAAUUAUAGCAAACCCACCAAGCUUCGCGCAUGUGCACUGUGCACAGGCAUUAGGCAUCCCACUACACCUUAUGUUCACUAUGCCUUGGAGCAGCACCGCAGCCUUUCCUCAUCCAUUAGCCAAUUUCAAAGCCGGCAAGAUAUCUCCAGAGGUCAUCAAUUUUGCGAGUUAUGGAAUUGUCGAAUGGUUAACCUGGCAAGGGCUUGGAGAUAUAAUCAAUACUUGGCGACAUGAACUGGACCUGGAGCCCAUACCCCUUACAGUCGGGCCUGUACUCCUUGAGCAAUUGAAGAUACCGUUCACGUAUUGCUGGUCGCCUGCUCUAGUGCCCAAACCCCAAGAUUGGGGUGAGCACAUUGAUGUAUGUGGCUUCUUUUUCCGCGAUCCGCCGCAUUACAAUCCACCAGAAGAUAUUGAAGCGUUCCUGAAAGCAGGGCCUCCACCAGUCUACAUUGGGUUCGGUAGCAUUGUUAUUGAUGAUCCUGCGAAAAUGACAUCUAUCAUCCUAGAGGCAGUCAAGAUAUGUCACGUCCGUGCGAUUAUCUCGCGAGGCUGGAGCAACCUCGGAGAAGGACUCCAGGAGAUCCCUGAAGACGUCUUAUUUAUUGGUGAUUGCCCACAUGAAUGGCUGUUUCAGCAUGUCUCUGCUGUUGUCCAUCAUGGUGGCGCCGGCACCGCGGCGUGCGGGUUGAGGAACGGAUGCCCAACUGCAAUAGUUCCGUUUUUCGGCGACCAGCCAUUUUGGGGUGAGAUGGUUGCCGCUGCAGGUGCAGGUCCCCCGCCAAUGCCACAAAAGACUCUCGAUAGCAAGACCCUGGUCAAUGCGAUAUCGUUUUGCCUCCAGCCAGAGGCCAUGACCGCAGCACAAGAAAUUUCAAGCCAAAUGGCAACAGAGAGUGGUGUCCAGGCCGCUGUUCAAUCUUUCCAUGCCAACCUUCCUAACACCAUGCUUCAGUGCGACAUUUUGCCGUACCAUGUUGCUUCAUGGGAGUAUAGGAAACUCCCCAUCAAGCUCUCAAAAAUGGCCGCCCAAAUACUGAUAGACAAUUCAGUACUGACUCAAUCCGACUUGAAAACCUAUAACACGCAGCCAAUAUUCAUCACCAAUCCUCGCUGGGAUCCGGUAACAAGCACCUCCUCGGCAUAUAUAGGUUGGGUUCAGGAUAUUACAUCAUCAUCUACUGGAAUUAUCCGUGCACCAAUUUCUGAAUUACGACGGUCAAAUGUGGAGGGCGCUUCGGGCGGGGAGACUGCUGGCCGCAUGGCAGCUGCAUCUGCCAAAAAGUUCGGUCGUUUCAACAUGACGGUCCUCAAGGGCUUGGGUGUCGACAUUCCAUAUGCUUGUGCCGAAGGAUUUCGUGCAGUCCCCAAAAUAUAUGGAGAAGAAGUGAAGGACUAUGGAGAGGUCAAGGAUUGGAGUAGUGGUUUUGUAGUGGCAGGAAAGAACUUCGCCUAUGGAAUUACAGAUGGAGUGACAGGUCUCUGGACUAAACCAUACGAAGAAGGAAAAUCAGAAGGUGCACUUGGGGUUGCUAAAGGUGUUGGGAAAGGUGUUCUUGGUUUUGGGAGCAAAGUCGCAUCCGCAGGUUUAGGGCUGGUGGCGUACCCUGGGCAAGGCAUUUGCAAGAGCAUUCGACAUGUUGCCAAGUCACAUACACGCAAGGUUGUCAAAGCGCAUAGGUUUAGGGAGGGUGAGAAACUAGCUCAAAAUGUGUCGGAAGAUGAUGUUCUCGCUGUGCUCAGCGGUUUCAAGCGGGCACAGGAUGAGAAGGUUCACCAGAUGAUUCGCAGGUCGUCGUCAACAUAGUCACACAAUUCUUUUCUGACCACAAUGGUCCAUUUGAUUUCUAGCUCGUCAUUCCUGCCAUGUAAACUAGGCCACUAAAUGUUGUUGGACCCUUGGGCCAGUAUG